AUUAUGAGUUUUGUAGCAGUCAAAAGCACCGCCUUUCCUUCCUUCUCCGCUAAGUCCUUCAAUUUCCAUUCCUUUCGAACACACCCUUCAGCUCUCUCUACCAUUUUCCCUUCAUAAAACGUGGGAGAUUUCUCGACCCAAAUCCAAAAUUUCCAAACCAUUUUUAUUCACUCCUUUGAAAAUAUAUACAUUUUUUUUUUUUAACUAUUACUUGUUGGUUCUGACUGUCGAUUUCUUCUCUCACAAUAUAAAUCAUCCGUUUGAUUUAGUGUUUUUUGUAUCAAGCGAAUCUGUGGUUCUGUGUUUCUCUUUUUGAACAUGUCCCAAAGGAACCCAUCUUAUUCUAAUCCAACACCAUGCAAUCAUCUCGCUGAUUACAAGCUCAGAUAUGGGUUAAACGGCUAUAAAUCCAUUCAAAAUCAUCUUAAAACUUCCCCAAAUGGCAGAACCAGUAUUCAAAACCCCGAUUCGAAGUUACCCAGAUGCGGUUCUUGUGAUGGGUAUAAAGGAAGACUUUACAUAUGCUUGAUUUGUGCUUCAAUCUCCUGUUCAAAUCACACCCUUCUUCAUUAUCAAUCUGAAAAUGGCCACGAUUUGGCUGUUGAUGUUGAGAGAGCUGAGCUUUAUUGUUAUGCUUGCUCCGAUCAGGUUUACGACCCUGAUUUUGAUCGGACGGUGAUGUCGAAGCACAUCGUUGUACCGGAGAAAUCGCAAUCGCAAUCGGGGAGUACUGGGGAGCGAUCGAGUAAGAGAAGGAGAUUGGGAUCUGUAGAUUUAUUGGAUUUGAAGAAUUUGAAACCGUUGAUUUCUGUUAAAGAUCAGCGGUCGAAAUCGUGUUAUCCUUUGGGAUUGAGAGGAUUGAAUAACUUGGGCAAUACUUGUUUUAUGAACUCUGUUCUUCAAGUGUUUCUUCAUACUCCUCCAUUGAGCAAUUACUUCUUGAAUGAUCAGCACAACCGUGAAACUUGCAGCAAAAGACCCAUUGGGCAGCUAUGUUUGCCUUGUGACAUUGAUUGUAUUUUUUCUGCUGUGUUUUCUGGUGAUCAUAUGCCUUAUAGUCCAGCUCAAUUUCUAUACAGUUGGUGGCAGCACUCUGCAAAUUUAGCAUGUUAUGAGCAGCAGGAUGCUCACGAGUUCUUCAUCUCAGUUUUAGAUCGAAUCCAUGAGCGAGAACGGAAAUCUAGGAGCCAAGAUAAAGAGAAUGGCGAUUGCAAAUGUAUUGCUCACAGGGCCUUCUCUGGACAGUUGAGAUCAGAUGUCACUUGUAUGACCUGUGGAUUCACUUCAACAACUUAUGAUCCAUGUGUGGACAUUUCGCUCGACUUGGAUACCCAAGAUUUCUCUUCUAGAAAUAUAGCUGGCAAAUCGACGAAGCCGGCGGAUUUCAGCAGUAAGUCUACACUAUCUGGUUGUUUGGAUCUUUUCACAAGACCGGAAAAGUUGGGAUCCGACCAGAAACUUUUCUGUCAAAAUUGUCAAGAAAAGAGAAAUUCAGUGAAACAAAUGUCUAUCAGGAGGUUGCCGCUGGUCUUGUGUUUGCAUAUCAAACGAUUUGAACACUCCUUUAUCAGGCGGACGUCGAGAAAAAUCGAUCGGUAUUUGCAGUUUCCUUUCGCCCUCGACAUGAUUCCUUAUCUUUCGUCAUCUAUUAUCAGAAACCGAUUUGGGAAUAGGAUUUUUGCUUCUGAGGGGGAUGAAUUAGAUGCUUCAUCAAAGUUCGAGAUUUUCGCUGUGGUUUCCCAUUCGGGGACGCUUGAGUCUGGCCAUUAUGUAACGUACUUGCGUUUGAGAAAUCGAUGGUAUAAAUGUGACGAUGCCUGGAUCACGGAAGUCGAUGAAGAAAUGGUGCGAAAUUCUCAGUGUUAUAUGAUGUUUUAUCUACAGAAAAUAGCAAACCACAAAUCAAAUGAGGAUUUGAGCUGCCUUCCUAUUUCCCCACGCAACGAUGCAUUUCAACAAAUUGCUGGUUGCUGUUAAUGCCGAGAUCCGCCAAGGUUUCCCACAUUGUGCAUCACACAUCCAAGCACGAUUAAGGAUCUAGAUGGAAGAUCGAACGAUCGGUGGUGUGGUACUUCAUGGAAUGACUUUGUUCAAGAUCAGAAAUCGGAACCCUGAUUGUUUCUGCUGUUGUGCCUCUACUGGAAUGCCAAAAUUUCAUUGCCAAGUACACUUGGGAAAUGAACGUGACGAAUGUGACCUUAAGUGAGUCGCUAAGGUUCAAACAACAGCAUGAUGUGAUAUCGAAAAACGUCAUUGAAAAAUGUCGAAUUUGCCUACCUUGCCAUUUCAAUGAUGCAUCUGUGGUUUGUAAAAGCAUUGAUGAGGCAUACAAGGCCUUUCUUUCUUGUUUUAUUUAAUAAGAAAGCCAAAGGUGUAAGAAAUUUGAUCACUUUGAAAACUGCAAUAAAUUUAAAAGUUCUGCUAUGCACAACAUUAAGAGAA